AUGUCCAUGUAUUCUCAUCGCGGCAUGGGCGCCGUUCCCCCCGGGAACUCUGCCCGCCUCAAUGAGCUCCUCGAUCAAAUCAGAGCUGAAUUUGAAACUCAACUUCGUCAGGCCGAAGGUUUUGAGCACCAGAUUUCAGCCCAAGUUAGCGAGAUGCAGCUCGUUCGGGAAAAAGUAUAUGCAAUGGAACAGACCCACAUGACCUUGAAGCAAAAGUAUGAGGAGGAAAUCAGCAUGCUUCGGCAUCAACUCGAAAAUGCGCGCAAAGGCGGCCCUCAGCCGGGCAUGCCUGGGCCACCCCAGCACCCGGGUCCAUCUCAACAGCCACCAUCGAUUGCUCCAGGAAAUGGCCUCUUCAGCGGCAUAAUGGCAGGUGGAAAUCAAGCUGGAUUGGCACCUCCAAAUCAACAACCACAUGCUCCUCCCCAGGAGCAGCAGUUGGGCCCUCAGCACCAGAUGGGCCAGGGCCCGCCUGGCCUUCCUGUUCCUCCGCCGCACCCUAAUGCACAACAGCCGCCAUACCAACAAGGCUACCCUCAAGGCCCUGUUUCGAACGGAAUGGGCCCUCAGCCGCCUCAAAGCACUGCUUCACCUGGCCCAGGACGACGAGGGGUUGGGCGCCCGCCAAACGCCGUUGGACCUGCCACUCCCCAGAUCAACACUCCCGUUCCGUAUCCUGGCAAUGCUCAAUCGCCCCAGGUUAGCCAUCCGACACCCGAUCACGCUCGCAUGGGCGGUCCUCGAGCGCCUCCUGUUGGCAAUGCCUUGGGUGACCUUGAAGUCGAUUCCGUUGCACCGCACAACAAGAAGACUGGCACUGAUUGGUACGCCAUCUUCAAUCCUGCUGUCCAGCGUGUCCUGGAUGUGGAUCUUGUCCAUUCACUUGCACACGAGAGUGUUGUGUGCUGCGUUAGAUUCAGCCAUGACGGUAAAUACGUGGCCACUGGCUGUAACAGAUCUGCUCAGAUUUUUGAUGUGUCAAGUGGUGAGAAGGUGUGUGUCUUGGAGGAUCAUAAUGCCCAAGAUAUGACAGCCGAUCUGUAUAUUCGCAGUGUGUGCUUCAGUCCUGACGGCCGCUAUCUGGCCACUGGCGCUGAAGACAAACUCAUCCGUGUUUGGGACAUCCAAUCAAGAACCAUUCGCAAUCAUUUUUCUGGCCACGAACAAGAUAUCUAUUCCCUCGAUUUUGCACGUGAUGGGCGAACAAUUGCAUCUGGCAGCGGCGACCGAACAGUUCGACUGUGGGAUAUUGAGCAAGGUACCAACACAUUAACAUUGACCAUUGAGGAUGGCGUCACUACUGUGGCAAUCUCCCCCGACACGCAAUAUGUUGCUGCAGGGUCUUUGGACAAGAGUGUCCGUGUGUGGGACAUUCACUCUGGAUUUUUGGUGGAGCGUCUUGAGGGUCCUGACGGCCAUAAGGAUUCUGUCUACUCGGUUGCAUUCUCGCCAAAUGGAAAGGAUCUAGUCAGCGGCAGUUUGGAUCGAACUAUCAAGAUGUGGGAGCUUAGCUCCCCACGUGGAGGACAGAGUGCUGCCCCCAAGGGCGGCAAGUGUGUCAAGACUUUUGAGGGCCAUCGCGACUUCGUGCUGUCCGUUGCGUUGACACCCGAUGCUAACUGGGUCUUGUCGGGUUCAAAGGAUCGUGGUGUUCAAUUCUGGGACCCUCGCACCGGCACCACACAGCUGAUGCUGCAGGGGCACAAGAAUUCUGUUAUCUCAGUGGCCCCGAGCCCCCAGGGUACCUACUUUGCCACGGGAUCGGGCGACAUGAAGGCACGAAUCUGGUCAUACCGCCCAUACUAA